CAAGUUCUUUGCGUCAUAGUCGUCUAGGUAUUGCUAAUAUGGAAUAUUGUUCUCCUGUCCUCAGUGGUGCAAGCAUGCUCUGAUAUCUGUCUUUUUCAUGUGGUCCACAUAAGGGCUUGUACAGAAAGCACAGUUCAGCUGCAGUUCACAAACUUGUCAGAUUGUUCUUGUUUGAUGGGUGGUGGAAAAAUCCAGGCCAAAGCAUUGGAGAUUGAAAUGGUGGUUUCCCUCCUGAUGGUAGCAUGUCUCUCCCUCCCUAUCUCGCCUCUGCUGAUACUUGAUGUGAUCACAUCCACAGGGGAAAUAGAGGAAGAAUCCAAGCAUGCCAAGUGGACUGAUGGGGAGGUUGCUGCCCUUGUCAAUUAUCUACACACAAAUUGCACAGAGUGGGCUGAUGCUGGCAACUUCUGACAAGUGACAUAUGCCAAAGCUGCAGAGAGCAUUUGCAAGCUCCACAGGUCCAGUAAAAUCAAG